AUGACUAGAGAUAUCAAUCAUUUGAUUAUUGUACCAUGCCAUGGAAUCUAUAAGAUAGGGCAACCACCACAUAAGCAAGAGUCAUGGUACUUAGCUGAUUUCCAGCUUGAAGGAAACGAUCAUCUUUGUUUUCUAGAUCAUUUAGAUCUAGCUUUGGCAGAAUUGAAAAAAGAUCCAAAUUCAUACUUGAUCAUAUCAGGUGGAGAAACAAAAAAGGAAGCAGGCCCCACAUCAGAAGCAUUUUCUUACUAUGCCAUAAUUGAAAAGUCAGUGAAGGAAGAUUUUGGAGUGGAUAGAGUAACUACGGAAAACUAUGCUCGUGAUUCUUUUGAGAAUGUGAUUUUCCUGAUUUGUCGAUUCUAUGAGGUAUGGAAAAAAUACCCUGAAUAUAUAACCAUUGUUGGGUUCGAGUUCAAACGCGAUAGGUUUUUAGAGUUGCACUUGUCACAAGCAUUAAGAUUUCCACGGGAUAAAGUAAACUAUAUUGGAAACAGUCCCGCUCCCAGUUUUCCAACUAUAGAGCAAAAAGAAAAGUAUUUCAAUGAUUUGCAAUCCAGUGAAUAUGUGAACGCGGUGCAAGAGUUCGAAAAAGAUUGGUACGGCGUUCAACAGAAAUUAAAGACCAAGAGAAAGAAGAGAAAUCCAUUUUCUAGACUGCAUGGCUAUACGUGGAGUUUUUUUGUCAUUGAAUACUUUUUACGUCAGAUUUCAGAUGGUCAGAAACCACAGAGUAAUAAAGACAUCAACGAGUUGUUGGAUAAUGCCCCUUGGACUUGA